UGCAGCACGGUUAGAUCGCGGGGGACAGGCCAAAUUGCGCUGGUAGCUUCCAUGGGGGCGGGAGGGGAACCCGCGACAGUGAGAAGUAUUUAUUUUUUUGAAAAAGAAAGUCAAAGAGGUUCAAAGGACUGAGUCAUUGGGUUGAGUUGAGGAAGUUCACAGAGAGAGAGAGAGAGAGAGAUAGAGCGGAGCUGGUUCAGAGGCUCCGCACUGAGCGAGUGGAAGGGUUUCAGCUCAAUGACUCUCCUCUCCUGAAACAUCAGUCUGGUGGUUUCCAGCUGGGACUCCGAUGGAAGUUUUGCCCAGGGGACAAGGUGCAUCAUUAGUUACUGUUUUCUGAAGAUGGUGGUGGAUUGAGUGUUACUUGAAUGAGCUACCUACCUAAUCCUUUAAUAGUGGCCUCUCCAGGCAGCACAAUGGCCACUGGAGUAGAGGAGAACUGGCCAGUCCCAAUGCGAGCAAUCGGGGCUCAGAACCUCCUGACCAUGCCGGGAGGAGUUACGCAGUCUGGCUAUCUUCAUAAAAAAGGAGGUUCCCAAUGGAAGAUCAUGAAGUGGCCACUCCGAUUUGUUAUCAUUCACAAGGGCUGCAUUUACUACUUCAAAUCCAGCACUGCGGCCAAUCCACAGGGAGCUUUCUCCUUGAAUGGUUAUAACAGGGUUAUGAGGUCAACUGAGGAAACAACUUCAAGCAAUGUGUUUCCAUUCAAAAUCAUUCACAUUAAUAAGAAACACAGAACCUGGUACUUCUCAGCAGCCUGUGAGGAGGAGAGAAAGAAGUGGAUGAUGGGUUUGCGAAAAGAAAUCAAUCGUUACGAGAAGACGGACUUGCAAGGAAAUCUGAGUGACUACUCUGAUACUGAGAAGUUUUAUGGCUCAAUAGAGUGCCCAGUGCAGGUAAAAUACACAUCAAGAGAAUCAGAAUCUGGAGAUUAUGCAGAUGAUGAUGAUGAUGAUGAGGAUGAAGAUGACUAUCUGAGACCAGAUGGACUUCAAAAAAGCCCAGAGUCAGAAGAUGUUCGCCCUAUGUUGAAUUCUUCUCCAAUCCAGCCAGAAAAAAGCAGUAAAAAACCUCUACCUCCUCUGCCACCUCCCAAUCAACGACACAUGUCACAUGGGUUGGUUGUUAUAAAAGAGUAUUUACCAAGUUCACUACAGGGGCAUUUGCCUCCCACCUCCCCUGCAAAAACUGAAAAUAGUGCAUUGCUCAGAUAUCCAUCUCCCAAUGCUUCACCAAGCUGUCCAACCCCCCAUCCUGUACAUUUAAAAUCCAUAUUUUGUAAAAAGGAGCAGCAAAGAAGACUUUCAGAAGCUUCAGACUCUGAUAUGAAAGUGAGAAGUAAAUUUCCAAUAGAAUUAAAUAUGCAUUUAACACAGAUGACUGGAAAAACACCCGAUGUUGCAUCCCCAUCUGUGCCCAUCCACAAAGGAUCCAGUGCUGGACCUCCUCCAGUGCUGAUGAACAAAGGACCUACUGCUGGACCUCCUCCAGUGUCAGUAAACAAAGGAUCCAGUGUUGGACCUCCUCCAGUACCAAUGAACAAAGGACCUACUGCUGGAUGUCCUCCAGUGCCCAUGCACAAAAGAUCUAUUACUGGACCUCCUUCAGUGCCCAUGAAAAAAGGAUCUAGUGCUGGACUCUCUCCAGUGCCAGUGAACAAAGGAUCUAGUGCUGGACCUCCUGCAGUGCCUAUGAACAAAGGAUCUAGUGCUGGACCUCCUGCAGUGUCUAUGAAUAAAGGAUCUGGUGCUGAACCUCCUCCAGUGCCCCUGAGCAAAGGAUCUAGCACUGAAUCUCCUCGAAUUAUUAUGCCCAGAGGAUCUAGUGUGGGCCAACCUCCAUUGCCAAUGAAUAAACCCAUGUUGUCAUCAAUUCCAUCUGAAACUGUACAGGUUAAGCCUAAGCUAUACAAACCAGAACUAUUGCCAAAAGGAGCUUCGGCUUUGACCAAACCACCACCUCUUGUUAAGCCUAAGGUUCAAAAGCACAGCACACUUCUGACAGCACCCUUACACCGCUCAUCUCCUGAAGGACAAAGUUUUCGGUCUGUUGAGACUGAAAAAGCAGUCCUUCGACCAAGGUCUCAAUCACAACUAGCACAGGAUCUCGAAUCAGAGGAUGAUGACGAUGACUAUCAUAAUGUGCAGCUACCACCCUCUGUAUUUGUGAAUACAACGGAAUCCAAUGAUGUUGAGAGGUUGUUCAUAUCUACAAGCCCUGGUUCCAACCCAGAGAAUGGAUUGUAUUGCAUAAGGAAUUCUUCAAAGUCAGGAAAGGUUUUAGUUGUAUGGGAUGAUUCAGAGAAGAAAGUGAGGAACUACAGAAUUUUUGAAAAGGAAUCCAAGUGCUUUCUAGAAUCUGAGAUAAAGUUCACGUGCCUUCCAAGCAUGGUCGCGUUUUACUAUAAGCACACACUCCCGAUCCAUGACAGUCUACAUCUUAAGGUGCCUUAUGGCUAUAAGAACCCACUAUGACCCAUCCAUAUGCUGCCUCUUUGGACUUGAAACAAACUGAAAUGGCCAACAAAACAAAUUAAAAAUAUAAACUGCACAUUCAAAGCUUGAAGACGAUUUAAGCAAUACUGUUUGAGAAGAACGCAGAACAAGUGAAUCGUGAUUGCAUGACUACCAGGAGAACCUGAAAAGCUGAUAAAUCUCACUUUAUCAAAAGAAAACAGCUGUAAUAACUUACAUUCACAUUUCUGUGGCAUACAGAAAAGAUACUGGUGAUUGUCUGAACUGUGAUGUUUCCUUCUCUUUCCUGGAUGCACUUUCUGCUCAGCAUCCUGACCAUUCAACCAAGAUGGGGGGAACAGCAAGGGGAAUCAUGGGUGGUACCUGGAUCUUCUAACUCUGGGCUUGAGGUGGAUGUUGGCAAUACAUAUAGUAUUAAAUACAAUUUAAUUCACUUUUUGAGCACCGAUCUACCACAUAGAAUAGUAAUCCUUUAUUAGAUCUCCUUAAACAUGACUUUGAUACCAUUAGAAAUUUUUUUCAAGAAUAUCAUAGGGAAUAAAAAAGAAUUCCAGGAUGGAGGAAAAAGGUUUUGAGAAUCUUAAAGCAUUCUUUGGUUUGUACACAAAUUACUAGAAGGUGGGCUACAGACACCAGCACCACCAUCAGGUCUUUGCAGACUCGCCAUUAUAUUUUAGCAAGUUUUAUUUUCUUUCCUUCUGAAAUUAUUGAUUACAUAGAAUAUACAGCACAAAAUAAGUAAUUCAGCCCAACUAAUCUAUGCUGGUGUUUAUACUCCAUGAGCUUCCUCCCAUUCCAUCUACUUCAUCUCAGCCUUUCAGUUCAUUUUCCUAUUCAUUUUUUUCAAAUGUACUUGUCUUUAAGAACAUAAGAAAUAGGAUUAGGAAUAAGUCAUUUAGUCCCUUGAGACUGCUCUACUAUUCAGUAAGAUCACAGCUGAUCUGUUUGUGGCCUUAACUUUGUUUUCCUGCCUGCCUCCUAUAACCCUCGAUUCACUGGUCUAUCAACAAUCUGUCUAACUCAGCAUUGAAUAUGUUCAACCACCCAGCCUCCACUGCUAUUGGGUAGAGAAUUCUAAACAUUAAUAACCCUCAGAAAAGAAAUUCCUCCUCAUCUCCAUCUUAAAUGGGACACCCCUUAUUUUGAAACUCUAGUUCUAGAUUUCCCCGAGAAGGGAAUGUACGCUUUCAGCAUCUAUCCUAUUAAGCCCUCUCAAAAUCUUAUAUGUAUAGGCCCAUGCUGGUCAACCUUUCCUCAUAAGACAACACCUUCAUCCAGAGAAUCAACCUAAUGAACCUGCUCUGCCUUCAAUGCAAGUAUAUCCCUCCUUAAAUAAGGACACCAAAACUGAAUGCCGUACUCCAGGUGUAAUCUCACCAAUGCCUUUUACCUUUAUAACAAGACUUUCCUACUUUUAUACUUCCUUCUCUUUGCAAUAAAGUCCAAUAUCCUUUUGAAAGCACCUGAGCUACUUGCCUCAACCAUUUCCUGUAAUAGGAUGAUCCAAUUUCAAACCACUCUCUAGUAAAGAAAUUUCUCCCUAUUUCCUUAUUGGAUUUAUUAAUAAUUAUCGUGUAUUCAUGGCCUCUAGUUCUGGAUUCUACCAUAACUGGAAAAAUUCUUUCCAUAUACUGAAGCUGAGCAUGCCCAUGUGCAGCAAACCUGGACAAUAUUCAGGCUUCGGCUGAUAAGUGGCAAGUUACAUUCGUGCCACACAAAUGUCAGGCAAUGAUUUCCAACAACAUAGAUCUGACCAUCGCCUCUUGACAUUCAAUGGCAUUAUCAUCGCUGAAUCCCCCACUGUAAACAUCCUGGGGGUUACCAUUGACCAGAAACUGAACUGGACUAGCUGUAUAAAUACAGUGGCUACAAGAUCA